AUGGAGCGAGAGAUCGAGAUGGAGCGAGAGAUCGAGAUGGAGCGAGAGAUCGAGAUGGAGCGAGAGAUCGAGAUGGAGCGAGAGAUCGAGAUGGAGCGAGAGAUCGAGAUGGAGCGAGAGAUCGAGAGAGAGAUCGAGAUGGAAGAUCGAGAUCGAGAGGGGGAGAUCGAGAUCGAGAGGGAGAUCGAGAUCGAGAGGGAGAUCGAGAUCGAGAGGGAGAUCGAGAUCGAGAGGGAGAUCGAGAUCGAGCGGGAGAUCGAGAGGGAGAUCGAGAUCGAGCGGGAGAUCGAGAGGGAGAUCGAGAUCGAGCGGGAGAUCGAGAGGGAGAUCGAGAUCGAGCGGGAGAUCGAGAGGGAGAUCGAGAUCGAGCGGGAGAUCGAGAGGGAGAUCGAGAUCGAGAGGGAGAUCGAGAGGGAGAUCGAGAGGGAGAUCGAGAUCGAGCGGGAGAUCGAGAGGGAGAUCGAGAUCGAGCGGGAGAUCGAGAGGGAGAUCGAGAUCGAGCGAGCGGGAGAUCGAGAGGGAGAUCGAGAUCGAAUCGAGAGAUCGAGAGAUCGAGAUCGAGCGAUAGAUCGAGAGAUCGAGAGAUCGAGAUCGAGCGAUAGAUCGAGAGAUCGAGAGAUCGAGAUCGAGCGAGAGAUCGAGAGAUCGAGAGAUCGAGAGAUCGAGAUCGAGAUCGAGCGAGAGAUCGAGAGAUCGAGAUCGAGCGAGAGAUCGAGAGAUCGAGAUCGAGCGAGAGAUCGAGAGAUCGAGAUCGAGCGAGAGAUCGAGAGAUCGAGAGAUCGAGAGAUCGAGAGAUCGAGAUCGAGCGAGAGAUCGAGAGAUCGAGAUCGAGCGAGAGAUCGAGAGAUCGAGAUCGAGAGAUCGAGAGAUCGAGCGAGAGAUCGAGCGAGCGAGAGAUCGAGAGAUCGAGAGAUCGAGAUCGAGCGAUCCAGAUCGAGCGAUCCAGAUCGAGCGAUCCAGAUCGAGCGAUCCAGAUCGAGCGAGAGAUCGAGAGAUCGAGCGAGAGAUCGAGAGAUCGAGCGAGAGAUCGAGCGAGAGAUCGAGAGCGAGAUCGAGAGCGAGAUCGAGAGCGAGAUCGAGAGCGAGAUCGAGAGAUCGAGAGAUCGAGAGAUCGAGAGAUCGAGAGAUCGAGCGAGAGAUCGAGCGAGAGAUCGAGCGAGAGAUCGAGAGCGAGAUCGAGAGCGAGAUCGAGAGCGAGAUCGAGAGCGAGAUCGAGAGCGAGAUCGAGAGAGAUCGAGAGAUCGAGAGAUCGAGAGAUAG